AUGAAAGGCCGCCUUCACCGUGCAAAUGUUGCCAGUAAACCAGCAAACGUGGCUCCCAGGACCAAAAAGCGAUCUCGGCGAACUACCAACGAUCCCAACGAAUACGCUGCUCAAAACUUCGCAGAAGCCAUCCCCUUAUACGCUGGCUUAUUUUCGGAGGAACACGAUUCGGAACUGCCAGAUGAGCUUCUGCAGAAUAAUGACAUGCUGUCGCUCAAAGGCCAGAUCUGGCCAGGCAUGGGCAAGAUGGAUCUCGCCAACGAAGAUAUGAAACGCACUAGAAACCAGCGAAAGCCUAAAUCCGCCAUUGACAAGAUGCGUCGCACAUCCGAAGGCAUCGAGCCCACACAAGUGGUUUUGAACUCAGCCUUACAAGUCGAACGGGUCAAAGGCGUGUACGAUAGUUCUUCUCCAAUCCCUGGUCAAGAAGAAGCAGAACUUACCAUACGAGCAUCGGGUGAUGCCAACAGUGAACCCUAUUUCACAAUCGGCGUCAAGCUUGACUGCACGGAUUGUUUCUCCCAUCGCCCCGACACCCCGAAUUCACUCAAUAUUAAUGCAUUCGGCGGUGCAUCACGCUAUACCCUGGCAAUGAACUCCCAUUUCUCCGCCUACGACCGCAGCCAGGGCCACGAGAACCACCCCAUCACACCCAAACAAGAGGAUUAUUUUUCUCUUGCCGGACAAACUUCGCUGCUUAAUUCAAGUCCUCAUUUCCUCAACGUAUCGGAAAGCAACCCAUUACUCAGCCAAGAUCGUCCCUUCUUCAAGAGCUACUUGCAGUCUCCGAGCUGUAAAGGUCAUGAACAGCCGAAUUCCUUUAGCUUCAAACCAAUCAACUAUCGUCCUGAUAUGACCGAGCCGACGGAAAUCAUGGAGCCGCAGGAUGCCUCGGUCGAUGACAUUAAAGUAGAGUCUCAAUUAUGCGAUAUUGUACACCCUAGCCUGCACAAUGACAACGACGAAGCGACAUUCGAUGUCGACGGGACAUGGGCAGCGGAUACUAUACUUGACGGUCUGCCUGCAGAUUUGGGCCGUGACGGCUCUGCCGUCUGA